AUGGUUCAAUCCCAAAUUGUCCACCCCAAUGUCCAGAUAUCCGAAAUAACGAGAGAGUUCUGCAGUGCUGCAUCAAAACUAGCCGGUGGCAAGCUGGUCAAAGAUGAACACUUCACGUUAUAUGAGGCCGUCAGCGCCCUGGAGAUUGGCGAUCCGAAGAUGGAUAGCGGGUGUACUGCUUUCGACGCGGAAAGCGAUGAGGAGUUCGACCCCGCGAGGACCGUAUCUGCAGAGGAGAUCAUAUGGCUGAUGGACCAGUUGAUGUAUCGCGAGGCAGCAUGGCAUAUGGGAUAUCCUCUAUCUCAGACUCUAUUUACUUCGAUACACAUCGAACGACUCCUCUGGCCUCAACCAAAACAAUUCUCUGACGCUUGCUUCUGGAGGGAUCAUCCCAGUACCAGAGAUGCGUCUUCUCUCCUGCACGCCGUUUUUCAGUCCUACUGUGUGGGCCUGAUAAAAUGUUGUGAUCUAGUUCUCUCAAUGGUAGCGAGCCAACAUUUUUACGAGGAGGAAGACUUCGCUCCACAGAUAUACAAUCGGCCUCUCCUGCAUGACUUUUCCGUUGGAGAGGUGAUGGACUCGUUGCAGGAUGCACAUGCUUUUGUACAAAACGGCAACCUCCCGCAACCCCUGAUGGCGGCAUUGAAAGACAGGGUGAAUGCACGGUCUGCUUUCCUUCGGCUAUUGCACAGUUGUGAGCUCCGCGAACGACCGGCCAACUCUACUCUCGAGGGAAAUCUUGCUUUGAUCAAGGCGAUUGAAGAGACUUCCAUUCUGGGACGCCCAACCCCCACUGUUGCUUUCACUCUGAAGAUGCAGCGGGGGCUGGCAAGCAGUGUGCCACCGAGACCGAUGAUAGUCAUGGAGAAGGAGAAGGCGUUUUCCUUCUUCCGCCAACUUCUCACAGAUACCACGACGGCGUUCCAAAUGCUUGAUAUUACAUGCAGCAGCGACCUGCUAGUUGCCUACCAGAGGUUCAUGGCGCAGACGUCACAACCUGCAGUGUAUGUUCGAGCGCUCCUGCAGUCCUUCUUGAACAUUGACAACACGGUACUGGGCCGAUACACCAUUGACCACUUCGUCACUGAAGACAUGCAUUCUCUUACACUCCCAAGUGCUUUGCCGUUGGGGAGCAACAAAAGCGAAAUCGAGGACAUUCCAGAAGAUCAGCAGAUUGACCUCGGCGCUAAAGUGGAUUUGUUUCUGAGUCGUUACGGACAGUCCUUCCUCAAUUUCUUUCGGACUUACUGUCUGAACCGCUGCCGAGUGAGGCGUUCAAUGUGCCAUGCAGCCCUUGAGUGGGAUCAAAUUCAAGCAGAGGCCGAGGAUCUGGAUACUUUUGUACAGUCUAUCCUGGACGAACAGCCCAUUCCUUACCCCAAUGGCGAGGAACCCACCUUUUCGUAUUCUUUCAGCAGCUGGGUAUACCAUUACAAGCUGAUACAACUUCAAACUAUCCUCCAGAUGGGAUUUGAACUUUCCAUUUACGCUCCGCACGAAUUUGCGGAGAUGUACUGGUAUCUCUCAUUCCUGUCCAACUCGCAUCUCUCUCACCUCGAAAGGAUCAGUUUUUUUGUGUCCUCGAGUCGACAGGUGGAUGCACACCGCCGCGAUGAGGUUCAAAUUACCCUGAAGCGAUUGUAUCGCCAUUUCACUUGGCUCAAAGCCACAGAGGCCAUGGCAAAAGCUCUGCACCGAGUCUUCGCCGUCACGCAACGUCAUGGCCAUCUGCGCAAGCCUUCCCCUGCGUAUGCAUCAGACCAACUACGGUAUGAGCUGAGAAUGCGGCCCUUUCUCAACCUCUCCAUCCCCGAACCUAUCGACUUUGAUGUGGCUCAGCAUUCCUGCUCGUUACAGGACCUCCCCGACGCAACCGUGCUCGAGCAGGCAACGGCUUUGGUGCAGACGGCACGAAAAGCAUGGGAGGAGGUCUUGAGGAGCGGCUGGGAGACCAACCCUCCCCGAGUCGCAGAUCCCAAAGCUGGAAAGGCGGCGGAAGGAAGAAGCAAGGCAAUCGCCCCGAUAGUGGAAAGUGAGUGGACACAAGACGUCCGAAACUCGAUGAAGGCAUGUAUAGGUACAGCGAUUGCAAUAGCUGCCCUUAGUAAAGCUCUGCAGGGUACAGGGAAAACCACCACGGGAAGCGGCAUAUCGAGUCUGAGGGUGGAAAUCCCGCCGGUUGGGGAUCGAGACCGCUGGCAUGUGGCGUGGCCCGUACCCAAGAUCACCAGCUGA